GCUUGAUAAGCCUCUACUGCACAAAUCUUGUCUUCGAUUAGUGUCCCCUGCAGAACCAACGGCUGCCCUGGGGGGGUUGUCUCCACCCCUGCCUAUCAGGUACUAAACUCCGUGCCUUGCCUCGGUUCAAUAUUGGUUUUUCUUCUUUAGGACGGGUUUUUUGCCCGCUUUUAUAUCGUUGGCAUUGCCCCCUUCUUUCCUUCUUUAUAUCCCUUUUUUUUGGGCCAGAACACACGCGGUUGAGCGAUUGGGAGUCAUACUUCUUCCGUUGGUGAUUUAAGAUGCCGUCUGUUCUGAAUGAGGCGGUGAAGUUGCCUUGUGGGUUGGUGCUGCCGAAUCGGCUCGCUAAGGCAGCGCUGGCCGAAGCACUGGCUGGUUCGGAGAAUACGGUCACACCGACUUUGUUGAAGGCCUAUGAACGGUGGGGACGAGGUGGGUGGGGGGCUAUUCUGACCGGCAACGUUCAAGUCGACGUCAACCACCUCGGCCAGCCCUACGACCCGGCCCUGCACGGCGAGUACACCGGCAAGGCCGGCAAUGAACCCCUCCUGGCUCGCUGGACCAGCUACGCCACCGCUGUCCAGCAGCAGCACGGGUCCCCCGGCAUCGUCCAGAUCUGCCACCCAGGUCGCCAGUCGGUGCGCUUCGCUGGCCGCCGCGGCGUGUUCGCCUCCACCCUCGCCCCGAGUGCGAUCCCCUUGCAGAUUGGCGAGGGCUUCCUCGCACGCGGGCUUGCUUGGCUGCUGUUUCCUGCGCCGCGCGAGAUGGACCAGGCCGAUAUCGAUCGCGUGGUGCGGCAAUUUGCCGAUACCGCGCGGUUGAUGGCGGAUAGUGGAUUCUCGGGGGUGGAAUUGCAUGGCGCGCACGGGUACUUGAUCGAUCAAUUCUUGAAUGCAAAGACGAACAAGCGCACCGACGCAUACGGCGGCAGCGCAGAGAAGCGCGCAAAGUUCCUGCUAGAUAUCAUCCAUGCGGUGCGCGAGGUGGUGCCUGCAGGGUUUGCCGUGGGCGUCAAGCUGAACUCGGCGGAUCACAACUCGAGUACUUUUGAGGAGACGAUGACGCAAAUCGGGUUGCUGGCCGAGGCCGGCGUGGACUUUUUGGAGAUUAGCGGAGGGAGCUAUGAGAAUCCCAAGAUGUUGGGCCUCGACGCCCCCAAGAGCGAACGCACCCUCGCCCGCGAGGCGUUCUUCCUCGAAUUCGCCCGCGAAACCCGCCAACGCUUCCCCAGUUUGGUGCUGAUGCUGACCGGCGGGUUCCGCACGCGCGCUGGCGCCGAGUCCGCCGUGCAGCAGAAUGUCUGCGACAUCAUCGGGCUGGGUCGCCCCGCGGCCAUCGACCCGGAUUUGCCCAAGGUGUUUCUGGACGAUGGGUUGGAGGAUGAACAGGCGCGCUUGGUGUUGGGGCGGGUGCCUAUGCCGGCCCUGGCGCGCUUGCUGCCGUUCAAGGGCGUAGGAGCCGGGUUGGAAUCGAAUUACUACGCGGCGCAGAUUAAGCGGUUUGCGCAGGGGUUGAGAACGAUUGCCCCGGGGCUUUAAAAGGGGGUGCUGGGUUAAGGAGUGUUUGAUAGUGUCUGAUGAUGGCUGGAUGGAUUGGAGGUGUAAUACAUGAUGUAUAAGUUAGAUCAACUAAUACCGUCUUGUGGUAGUUACU